GCUAUCACUCCAGAAUUCAUUAUGCAUUUUAAAAUAUGGGCUGUCAUUAGGUACAGAAUUGAUGGUUAUAUUCGCAUUGGGUUCUAGGUUUCUAGUGGAAAUUUGUGGUUGCAUUUGAGCCUGCAAAUUGAUGUGACAAGAGAUUGAUGCGGCACUCCACAUCGAGGAACCAGAGUACUAUAACGCUGCCAUAUGGCCAUUGCGUUCCCCCAACAUUAUUAUAUUGGAUCUAAACUUUUAAUCCUGAGAAUACGAUAACAACUUCACAGCAAUCGUAUGUUCAAUUGCUCACGACGUCCUGUCAUAUCGAGCUGGAUUUUUCGCAUGCUCUACUACUUUAUUUUAGCUACGUCUAUCGACGAAAGAUUUGCGGACAUGAAGAAGAUUCCAUUUUUUUUGCUUUAAAAUUAAUCAGGUGGUUCUAAUUGACCAUUCCUUCGUAUAUUAUAGAUGCGGAACAAAGAUGUGCCGUAGGCCUAUCGUUUGUCCGCCUUCUGCGUAUUCAUACCGAUUAAUAAUCUGAAGUGAGCAACUGUGCCACUUUUCAUUCGACACCGCGUCUACCUUAUUUAAGACCGGAUCCAUAUCCUUUUGUGCAUCAUUUUUCAUCAUAACCAAAAAGCCAAUCUUCGCAAGAAUGCCGUCUACUUCACUGUACUACCCGAUCCUUGCUAUCCCAGCACACCAAGUCUUUUCAUUCAUCAUUCAUACGUAUGCAAUGAGAACCUUGCAGUCAACCGGUUACAGAAUCAACAGAGCAAACCCUCGUGCAGGCGUCACGCCUUCCGCAACGCAAGGAAAGGUACCCGAUGCUAUCUACCAAAAGUAUCAGCGCGCAAAGGCCGCGGAGACGAACCUCGUUGAGUACAUGCCGGUCUUUGCUUCGGCCGUCCUGGCAAGUGUCUUCGCGAACCAAGCGACUUCUGGAGAUCUCAAUGCCGGCGGUGAUGUGACUGGGUUGACGAAUUUCAUUGCUACGUGGUAUGCGCUCAGAGUUGCGUACGUCACUGCGUACAUCGGAACCAAGAAUGCAAAGUACGCGACCAUUCGAAGCAUUUUUUGGUUCUUGUCGCUUGGGCUUGUCGGAUAUCAGUUCUAUAAGGUGGCAGAUGUGCUUUGAAGAGGGUGACCAUAAGAUUAAAUCUAUC